CCGACUCAGUUCAUGUCGAGAUUCCGUGCAACGUUGACGUUGUUUUCUAUAGGCUCAUGUUUGGUGGACGGUGACGGUGGCUAGUUUUAGUUGCGGUUAAAACCACCAUCCCCCUUUCGGGAAGAUCCAGAUCCAGUUCGGUGGCUGUCGCGAGUGCAAGGAAGCUCCAAGUCCGUGCGUCCGCGUAAAAGAGAGACAGAGAGAGCGCGAAAUAGGGAGAAAAGGCUAGGUUGCAAGGUGAUAGAGAGAAAGAGAGAUAGAGAGCGCGCGCGAGGUGAAACAUAUUAAUUUUGAAAUAAAUUAUAAAAGCAUUCAGCGAACGAGGGAUCGCUUCCAGACUGAGAGUGAGCGCGGUGCAUGUUCCACCAGGUGUCCAAAGCCCAAUCCUGGAGUGGUCAGUGUUCAGGAUUGAUAAGGUUUCCCGAGCUUACAUUGCAUAUUGGCGUAAGCUAACUCAAACGAGCUCUUUUAAAGUUAAACAUAGUACUUGCUGUGCACUAACAACGUACGACGUGUCAAGGGGAAGCAUUUUUUUAGUUGGCGGUGAAAAGUGAAGUGAAAUUACAAGUGAUUGACAAGUGUUAGGUGCAUAGGCACAGCUAGUAUAAUUUCGACGCGAGUUACUUUCGCGAAACUAUUUCCAACAAGGUGGGUCCGACAUACCAGAAAAUAGUUAAAAUUAAUUUAGCCAAGUAACCGUCAGUGACCAACUGGUGGAGCGCGUGUGUCACAUUCCGGCCCCCCACAGCAACGAAUACAGUCACAACGCGGCAUAAAACCGUUUUAAGUUGCUGCAUAAUAUAAAAAUCGUGCUUUUGCGAACAGUAAAAUAAAGAAAUAGUUGGAUAAGUGAGUGAUUUAUCUUUUUUUUCGGCAAACUGCGUUUAUUUUUGGGCCAUCUUUUUUUAUUCCUCUUCUAACUCACUUGACGAAAUUCGCAAACACCGGGUGCCCUCCCCUCGGCUUUCAUUCGGUGCAGACCGGGCCGAAAGUAACCUUUCUGAAGAGAGCUUACGAAAAUUGAAUUUAUUGAAUAAUAUUACAUCAAAGUUCGUCGAGUGCAAAAGCAAUCCAUCGCGAAACGAGAAGAGACAAGACAGUAAGAAGAAAGAAAAACAAAUUCGUGACUUGCAAUUGCAACGAGUAAACAGAAAUCGAAAAAAAAGCAUUGAGUGAAGCAGCAAAGAUCCGCCCCGGAGGCUUCACGGAAUCUGCAUUCGGUCCGAGGCGAAGGAUUCGAUCGUGAGGCAUCUCGAAGCUACACAACACCACUUACCUGUCGACCCACCGGCGCGAACCCACAGAACUUGGUGCGGCGGCUGCUCAACGACGAGCAACAAUUCUCGGCGAUGAAGAGUUUGGAUAAGCGCCGGCUGCGGCUGCCGGCACUGGGAAUAACGCUAUCAAAAUUCAGCUACUCCUCGGCGACUCUCACACUGAUGCUCCUCUGCACAUCGAUGUCAGUAGUACAAACAGGACCAGUGAUCAGGCAUCGCCGGAUGAUGCGGGAAAUCUACAGUGAGAUCACGGACCAGAGCUCGAAAAAUGUUACCAACUCGAUCGAAGACACAUGCCUGUACGAUGGUACUCAAGUGACACGGGUGAGCAUCGUGUGCGAGAAGAAACCGGGCUGCCGGGCGAUUCAGAAGACGGGAGAAUGCUGCCCGGAGUAUCAGUGUGAAUGUCAAAGGGACGGAAAAACAUAUACCAAUGGAGAAAAGGUGUUUGAUCCGGAAACACCAUGUCGAGCUUGUUACUGCCAAGGUGGCGAAAUCAGCUGCAGCCAAGUAUCAUGCUACAAAAGACACGAUUGUGAGCCGAAGUUUAUCAACGGUAGAUGCUGUCCGGAAUAUGAUAACUGUCCUCCACUGGAAAGCUCCAAAAUCACCGAAGCCAGCUCCACGAAGGAGGAGUUUAUCGAAUUAAAAGAAACCGAAAUCGAAGCUGAGGACUUACUGGAACAUGAACAAUCGAAGGCAGCAUCAACUGCGACUCCCGAAAGCAGUACCCCUGUAAAGGUUCUCAUGCCUGCGGCUAGUAACAAUCCAUUGGGUAUCAAAAUCAAAGAAAUCACUAAACCGGAAGAGAUCCGCCUAACCGAUAGUCGACCGAAAAUGUCAACAACUACAACCAUUGCCCCGAGCAGUAAUGAUGACACUGAUCGUCCGACGACGGCUUCUUCCGUUUCGUACGGUGAAGAAGCAAACAAUCUGGAACAUUUGGAUCUGAACGUAACCGAUGAUGGGGAGGAUGGGAUGAAAAAUGUGCGCCACACAGACGAAGACAUGAUCUCUAACGGAACAUCGGAAGUGACAGAAUCCGGCGAAGGUUCAACGGCUAGUCCGUCCGAUUCGGAUGAACUGGAAGUGUCAUCUGAAGGAAGCAGCUCAACAGUAAAAAUGACGUCGCCGUCUACAACUACGACCACUACUGGCAGGCCUGAGGAACGGCCUGAUGCGGUUAGCAAGAAUGAUAAGCCACUUCCAGCGGUAGUUCAAAUCGGUGACAAACUAGUGAUUGUGGAUCACAAUCAACCGAAACCGAUUACGGUGAUUCAGGUGGAAGAAGUCGAAGGCUUGCAGCGCGGUGAGGAUGACAUUUCGUACGAUCAGGAAAUGUUUACCGAUCGAUCAUCGGAUAAUCAACAGAUUUCCAAGCAAAUGAAGCAGACGAAAGGUUCGGAGGAAGAAAUGCUUUCUACGCAAGCAGAUUCUAGCGUCGCCUAUGAGACGAUCUAUCACGGAGGUGCUACCGAAAAUUUGGGAUCGGGAGAGGUUUUCGAAACUCAACAUUACACCGAGGGACCAGAGAGUGCCGAACGAAAUGAUACUCAAGGCGAUCAGUUGACUGCUAGUAGCGAGGAGUUCAUUCAGGUGAGUUCGUCGUCCGAGAAACCCCUUCAGCAGGAAGAGGAACACACAACAGUUAAUUCUUUGAUAACGAGUGGAGAAGAGGGCAGUACAACUUUGUCGGAUUUGCAUAUGUCGGCAGCGAGUUCGGAAGCGUCCGGCGAUGAAAUUUAUGAAACACAAUUCUACACGGAAGGACCAGGAAGCUCGUCGGAAGUGAUGGAUGCGUCUUCAAGCGCGAUGGCCGAUAGUCCUGCCCCAACGAAAUCUACAAAAGAUCUUCAAGGAGACGACAUGACAACUCAUAGAAAGCCUUACAUUGAAGACGACGAGCAUGAUCUCAUUCAACCUGGUUUCCAACAGAUUCCGGAAGAUUUCACGCUACCUUUAAGAGAUCAACCGGUGCUAAUGGAUAUGCCCGAGGAACCGGAACAGCAAAACACUCCAGUGAAAAGUGAACGAAAGGAGAAUGGAGAAUCGGCGAAGAUACUAUCGGAAGUGCUUGAGUAUCGCAAAAACAUCACUACGUCCACCACGCAAACUGUCAUAGAAGUUGAAAAUGAAGCUACUAAUUCGCCGGCUUGGCUGAAAGAGGAAUCGAGAAUGAGAACUCCAGGAGAACCCCAUCUGGUUCCAGAGUGGGAACGAAACAACGGAACAGUUAGGAGCACUGUAUCGGAAGAAGAGUUUAGCGGGGCUGGAGAAUUCCAUGUGCUUAAAAUGAAUUCAGAGGAAUAUAUCGAUGGCUCCGAAGGUAGCGGACUAAGUUUACCAAAGAAAGAACCUGAGGAGACGACAUUGGCUCCAAGCAAACUUCUACAGCAGGACAUAGAAACUGCUACAGUUGGGUCUUCCUCUGAACCGGAUAGCAUCAAGCACAAUCCGAAGCAAGACGCCGAAAGUCUCAAAUAUGACGAAAAUGAUGGCAACUCCGCUGAAGAUGCGCUUCCCAAACAGGUUAAGUCUAGUAUUUGAAAAAAAAAUGCUUGAAGCGGAAUGGUAGAACAAUUCAGCCAAUUAAACGUUUUCAGUGGAAUUAAGUAGACAUUAGCUAAACAAAUUUACUGAAUGAAUAUUUAGCAAAACAAAAGGAUUUCUCGUACCCGAAGUCAUAGCGAAGGGUGCGAGAAGAUGGUGCCAGUUAUUGAAUGAAGAAACAGUUUAUUUCUCUCUUCUCCUUGAUUACCAAGUAAUGAUUAUUUAUUAUUCCUCUACUUUCGCGUGUUAGCGUCGAAAUAAUCUGUAUGUCAGAGUGAGAGAUGGUUCUAAAAAUACACUUUAGACGGAUCAUUUUAGUGCCAUUGCCCACAUAAAACCCCACUCGCUCUCCCGCGAUAUUAGAAGGUCCUAACGCGGGAGGGUUUGUGGCCUGCUCAAGUCACUCUCAGACAAGUGCAAUCGCUAAACAAAAUAAUGCAAUUAAGCUUUUCAUCUUUUCGAUCCAUCAUCCGAUGUUGAUUGGAACGAUGAAAAGCAAAUUUUCAAGUAGAAUGAAAAAGUAGCUAGUCAAUCUGGACUCUAGUUAUGACCGGCAGACAGAGUGCAUGCUCGCUAGGGAUGUGACGAACGUCAACCCACAAAGCUGUGUACAAACCACCAUCUGGCAACAGGAAGUGAAACGCGCAAAACAGGAAAAUGUCCAUGGCACAAAUAAAUCUUCCUAGAACAGCUGACAUCCUCUUCAUCUAUUUAGUUAAGUUGAAAUGUCUUGAAUUCGAAAGCAUAGUCGUUUGUUGUAAGUUUAUUUAUUCUCUGAAUUUGUGAAAGUUUCAAUCAUUUAAGUAAAGUAUUUAGUAAACCGAAAUUCAAAAACCGCGUGUGCACGUUCGUCGAAACUCAACAGAGGCAUGUGAUAGUUCUAUCGUUUUUUAAACUUACAAAAAUUAGAAAAAAAAAAAACAAGAGAUCCUUUAAUCGAAAUGGAAGACAUUUAUUAGAUUUAAAACCAGAAGAUAAUUUCCGAACAGUGGAAGGCAACCCCGGUCAACUAACUGCAAAUAUCCACUUGAAUUUAUUCAAAAAGAAUCGUAGAUUAAGUUUAAGACUGUUAUAGAAAUAGUUGAAAAUCACUAUUUAUUGACUAUUUAUAACCGCCUGCUGACGUUGGGCAGACGGGAACCUGUUCCGGUAGCUUCGGAACUGUCCUCUCCGUGUUCAUUUCAAAUAUAAAGAUAAGCCGACCCGUUCCAAACUCUACCCGACCUAGCAAAGGGAAUGUUCUCCUGUAACCUAGGCGACCGGAGAUAUUUCCGCAUUUUUAACUCUAUUAUUUUAUAUUAUUACUAUUACUAUUACUAUUAUCAUUUUUCGUAAACAUAGGUAAGCUAGAGCGUAGACAUGUUAGAAUGGAACUAAUUGAAAAAAGAGUCAUACUUGUAAUUAAAUAUACUGUUAGUAAUCAUUCAUUCCUUUUUUAACACUAUGAAAGCUAUGAAAUUAUUCAGUAUCAUUUCGCCGUGCGCCUGUGCGAGGAUACGAUGCAAAUGUCGUAUUUGAAUACAUAUGUAAAAUAAAAGACUAUUAUAAUUCUACUAACAA